CGAAUGGAAUCAUUCCAGAUUGCAUACUUUCCGGAUAGCCAACUCACAGUCUUCAAAACAAGCAAAAAUGGGUUUGACUAGCAGUUUCCUGUUGAUCAGCUGGGAUUCCUUCUUCAUCUUCUCCUUUGGUUGAUGGUUGGACCAACUUGGGAUUUCAGAGCCUACUAGUAAUCCCCUUUGAAUGCUUCCUUUGAAUACUUAAAUCGCUUUAUUAAACCAGUUUUAGCUGACCUUAAGUUGCCCUUGUACAAUUUUCCACCAUUGAUUCAGGGGGGGAAAAACCCUGCUUUUGUAUCUGUUUCAUGUUACUUAAUCUUUAGAUUGAUCCCUUGCAUGUUAUUAAAUGUGUUUGAUUCAUAGGGGAGCCCAUGUCAAUCGCCUGUUGCUGUCCCAUCCUUGAAUGUGUUUACUGUUUAGCCUGUGCUCGUUGGGUAUGGAAGAAAUGUCUAUAUACUGCAGGCCAUGAAAGCGAGCACUGGGGUUUAGCCACAGUGGAAGAAUUCGAGCCGAUACCACGCCUUUGUCGUUUAAUUCUAGCUGUUUAUGAAGAUGAUCUUCAUAACCCUCUUUGGGCACCCCCUGGAGGCUAUGGAAUCGAUCCUGAUUGGGUUUUCUUAAGAAGAAAUGACCAAGAAACUCAAGGCCGAGCCCCGCCUUACUUCAUUUAUUUGGAUCAUGAUAACGCUGAUAUUGUCUUGGCUGUUAGGGGACUUAACUUGGCAAAGGAAAGUGAUUAUGCUGUUUUGCUUGAUAACAAAUUGGGGCAGACAAAAUUUGAUGGUGGAUAUGUGCACAAUGGGUUAUUGAAGGCUGCCGAGUGGGUUUUCAAUGCUGAGUGUGAGGUUUUAAGGGAAUUGGUUAAGAAUCAUCCUAGCUACACUUUGACAUUUGCAGGUCAUUCCCUUGGGGCGGGAUUGGUGGCCUUGUUGGCAAUGGUUGUAGUUCAAAAUCGUAGCAAAUUGGGAAUCACGGACAGGAACCGGAUUAGAUGCUAUACCAUUGCGCCUGCUCGGUGUAUGUCACUCAACUUGGCAGUUCGAUAUGCAGAUGUAAUAAACUCGAUAGUGCUUCAGGAUGAUUUUUUACCUCGAACGACCACCGCUUUGGAAGAUGUUUUCAAAUCACUCUUCUGUUUACCAUGUCUUUUGUGCCUAACUUGCUUGAAAGACACUUGCAUCAUGGAGGAGAAGAAGCUUAAAGAUCCCAGACGGCUUUAUGCCCCCGGACGCCUAUACCACAUUGUUGAAAGAAGGCCCUGCAGUAUAGGAAGAUUUCCUCCAGUAGUGAGGACGGCGGUACCGGUGGAUGGGAGAUUUGACCAUAUAGUUCUUUCCUGCAAUGCUACCUCCGACCAUGCCAUUAUUUGGAUAGAAAGAGAGUCCCAAAGAGCUCUUGAUUUGAUGCUGGAGAAAGACGGGUUGAUGCGAGUUCCUGCAAAGCAGAAAAUGGUGCGGCAAGAGUCUCUUGCUCGAGAACAUAGUGAAGAGCACAAGGCAGCUCUUUAUAGAGCAGUUGCUUUGGAUAUCCCUCAAGCUUACUCGCCUUCCACAUACGGAACGUUCAGUGAGAUGGAAGAAGCUGAAUCUUCUGGUGGAUCAAGUGAGAGGUUUCCGAGUUCUCACCUCGGAAAAGAUUCGAGAGUUGGAAAGUAAAUCAAGCUCGCAGAUAUGUUCUAGAAAUGAUUUCCUUUUUUUCCCCCAUGUGCACCAUGGUUUUUUGCUUGAUUACCAUGAUAUGGAAUUGUUACAAAGAAUGGUAAAAAAAGUUAUGUACAUAAUAGGCAAUUUAUUUUAUCCCAGUAAACAUUCAUGAUUUAGUCUUUGA